AUGCAGCGAGAUAAUCGCUCUCGGGACCCCGAGGGCUCUCGCCGCCGCUGGUACGAGUCUCGCGAUCGCGACCCAAGAGAUCAGGAUCAGGGAGACUCGCGUCAGCAAACACCACGGGCGCUUCCACCACAUCAACCACCACCACAACCGCAAUACCCGCAACAGCCAUUCUCGCCAAUGUAUCAACAAACCCCUCCGCCACGACAGUAUGACCCACGUUAUGACCAAUCUCCAAUGUACCAACAGUCGCCGCAAUAUCCACGUUUUCCAGCGCCGCCUCAGCAGUAUCAUCAACAACAACCACAUCCCUACCCCAACGCGCCACCUCAGUCAAUGCCGGCGUAUAAUGACCCUCGACAAUCGCAACAAACCCCGCAACGACCGCAGACGCCCUCAAGUGUAUUCUCUUCUUCAAGCGACACCUCAACAUCCUUGUUGGACAUUUCGCGAUUCAAGGACACCAAGCAGUUUGGUGGUGUCUUUGGUACUUUUUUCAAGGCGCCCUCGGACCGUGUGAAACAGCGCCUUCACAGGAAGAAACAGAAGAAGCGCCGCGUUCUCUACUUUGGAAACUCUUCUUCCUCAUCCGUAAACUCUGACUUGGCCUACGGCUACGGAUAUGUCAAGCAGCCAAAGAGCCGUACUCUAAGCCCUCGCAGUCAAAGCCGUGCCUCUGGCCAAACCCAUGGAUCUGUUUCAGGCCAAGGUCCCAGCAAUGGACAUCGGCGACGUAGCUCUGGUGGUUCCGAUCGCGCAUCGCGACCGGUUCCCCGAAAGAAGACUGCCGACGAGGAGAUUAUGGCUCUUGGCCAGCAGCUCUCUGACCUAGCCCGGCGGUCCAAGGAAGACGAGCAGCGCAUUUCCAGCCGAGGAUCAGGUAAGGGCAAAGCGGCUGCCCUAGGGCUCGCAGCUGGUGCAGCUGGCGUCGCCAUGGGCUCCCGCUUUGGCAAACAGAAGCAAAGCCCCAAGGGCAAGGGUAAAUCCAAGCACCGCGUCGACACUUCCGAUGACGGGUCAGAAUGGGAAGAUGCCUCUGACGACGAAGGCACGUCUAGCAGCGAUGACGCAGCCUCAGCUGGCGACUCAGAGCUUGCAUACGGGACCGUUGGAGAGUCUAUCAAGCCCGCCGUUGGCGUUGCAGCCGCAGCCGGAGGUGCCGCCGCCGCAGCCGCCAUGGCGGAUUCCCGAAGACACUCGGGUUACAGCCAAUCUUCAGAGUAUCGUCGAUUCGAAGACAGAGGCUCUAUUGUCGACCCCCGCCUCUUUGGCCCUUACAACUCUCUGAGAGGCUCAAUCAACACCCCAUGUGGUUUCCGAGACGAAGGACAGGCCGAGGCAUACCGUCGCGAUUCUGGUAAUUUCGUGUUCGGCUCCCCAAUUCAAAUGCGUGAUUCGUAUCCUGGACCUCCUGGACCUGCUCCCGGUCAUAAUCGAUUUGGUUCAGCACAAUUCUCAGCUUCUGGCCCACAGCAAGAAUCUAAAGAAUCCACACCUCGACCUGCUCCUGGCCAUAACCGAUUUGGUUCAGCACAGUUCUCAGCUUCCGGUCCACAGCAAGAUUCUUUGCCCCGACCUGCUUAUGGACCUGCUCCUGGACCUGUUUUUGGACCUGCUCCCGGUCACAAUCGGUUUGGCUCAGCACAAUUCUCAGCUUCCGGCCCCCAUCAAGAUUCCUCAUCCCGACCUGCCGCAGUCCCUCUGCAACAGCCCGUCCCCAAGCUCCCUGUGUCUUCAAAAGUCUAUGAGACUGAGAAGUAUGAGGAUGUAAAUGGCAAGGACUCUCGCCAGCGUAGACAGGAACAGUCUAAUGGAAAGAGUUGGAGUGGAGUUGCUGCUGCUGGUCUUGCAGCUGCAGCAGCUAGCGCGGCUCUGGCAUCUUCAUCGCGAAAGGACAGCCGUGAGCACCAUGACGAGAAGAAGUUUGACCGCGACAGCCGAGACCGCCGAGAACAAGAGCGGAUCGAUAUGGAGCGCCAGAAAGCCCUAGAAGUGGAGCAACAAAAACUCAAUGAGCUUGAGCGCCAAAAAGCUCGAGAACUUGAAAGAUACAAGAACCAAAAUCCUGGACGGCAAUACGACGACUGGGAACAAUGGCAUAAAUCCCUUGAGCAUGAACGUGAGCGAAACGCGAAAUGGGAACGUGAUUACCGCGAAACGGAACCUGCAGCAGUUAUCCCAAAUUAUAAUAAUGACCGAAAGUCUUCACGACAUAAUGAUCAUGACGAUACCCCUACGGAGAGAAAGGAGAAGAAGGAGAAGCAAAAGUACGACAUUGUGGUUGAGCCUCAGCGGGAUCAAGGCAAAGGCGGACCAUUUCGCAUUGAGCAUGGACAAGAGUUCAAGGUAAUGAACGAGCCUGUCGUUCAAGCCGAGAGCAGCCAGCGUAAUGAUACCGGAGAUGGUCGCGACCUUCCUCUUCCCACUGGUGCAGGCCACCAGGCCAUUACGAAGCCGACUGAAUCUGAUCCCGAUUUUGUUGAUCCUUUCCAGUACCAAGUUGCAGACGAUGCCUUCACAUUGUCUCAAAGAACUACCCCCAGACGCCCCCUUACACCUAAUGUUGUCACUGUUGACCGCGAGCCCAACUUUGACGAUUCUCCGCCAAGGACUUCAGCAGCUGACGCUAGGUUGAGUCGACGCGACUCAUUCGAGAUUGAGCGCAUGGUCGAGGAUUACCACCGGGACUCUCAGGAUGUGCCCCAGCAACGUAAGCCUCAAACUGGUCGUGAGUACGAGCAGGAGGAGCGCGAAGCCAAAUCUAUUCUAGAUGAGGCUAAGAAGGCUACCAUUCCUGUCGCAGCCGUCGCAGUCGCAUCUGCAGUCGCAGUUGAACACGAGCGCUCGAAAGAACAGCGAAAGAGCAAAUCUUCUAAGGGCAAGUCACAGAAAAAAUCAAGAGGCCGCAAGGAUGCAGUGCAGGAGGAAGCAGACCGUUAUUACCGCGAGUCCUGCAUCGCUCGAAAGAUUGCUUCUGACGAGAUGCGAUCGCGCAGUGCUUCUCCCGAGCCAUCUGUGGUUGAUAAGUGGCAAGAUGACAAGAAUGAAUCAUUCACUAUUGUUACACCACCUGCCAUGGAGGACAAGCACGCCGAGAAGAGCAUCUAUGAGGGACCUGAUGCAGAUGUGAAGAUUGACAACAAGAUUUACCCUCAAGAGGAACGCCGUUUCCGAAAUCUUGGUGACAAUUCUUCAGCUCUGGUUCUGAGGCAAAGAGAUAUCUCACGAGAGCGCCCUGUCUUGAACCUGAUCUAUCCUACUCCUGCCGCGAGCCGCCAGCCUACACCAGCUCCGCCGGCGAGAAAGCAGGAGAAGGAGGAGAGCUUCGACGCUGAAGAUGUUAUCAUCGGACCCAAAGGAGAGAUCCUUCCCGCUAGUGAACCAGUCUCGGUUGCCAAGUCUGUCAGCUGGGGCGAGAACGAGACCAAGAGAUUCGAUGCUCACACACCAGAAGCUCGAAGUGAAACUGAGAACUAUUUCCCUAAGGAUAAGUCUCCCGACAAGCCCAGGCCUAAGUUGAACAAGGCGAGCCGCUGGGGUAUUCUCGCCGCCGCACUUGCAGGUAGCAGCGCCGAGCCGCAUAAUGAACCUGAUGUUGAAGUGCCAUCCAAGCAGUCAGACAUCCCCAGGAACUUCCCAGACGACACUAGCCGAGAUGUCGUUGUUCAAAGAGCUGAAGCUUUUGAGGACGACGCAAGCCGAGAGCCCCCUGUUCCUGGGCCUAAACCUGCAAGCCCACACCGCGGCCAAAUGCCCGGUGGCUAUGCAGACGACUUGGAGUUUGCCGCUACGCUUGCCGCUGGCCUGAAGGACACUGGCUUCAACCCUGACAUCGUUAUCGAGGACCCCUCCUACAGUCGACGCGACUCUCCCCCAGGUGUCCAAGAGGCGAAUGGCGACUCUCACGGCAGUGCAAACGGCAAUUCCUGGUACAAACGUCCCUAUGUCGACCCUGUCCCUGAGAUGAACGAUCCCAACGUUCCGAAGCUCCUACCUGAGCAGGGUUUCGUUCUUGGAGAGGUUGAGACCCCCCAGGAAAAGACCUUCACGCCCUACCGCAGCGAACGUGACAUCAAGUCAGGACUGCCAAAGCCUGAAGAUGUGCCACUACCUGACAACGGCCCGGACAACACAAAGUUGAGCAAGCGAGAACAGCGCAAGCGAGACAAGUCCGAUGUCGUUGUUGUUCAGGAUGACGGAAAGAUCGAGAACGUAAGAGCUGAGCCUUCGCCAGCACGAGAGGCAGUCGAGGAGGUUUGGGAAGAUACCACUCGCAAGAAGAGCAAGAAGAAGGACCGUAAGAGCCGCGACCUAGAAGACGACUCUAGCUCAAGGGCUCCUGCUCCCUUUGACUACAGCACAAACCCUUCUAGAGACCUGCCAGCCAGAGACUCAAGAUCUUACAGUGAUUGGAGUGCUCCACGCGACGAAGACCGCAGUCGUGAUUUCAGUGCAGCUGAUAUUGCGAAGGUAGCUGUGCCCGCUCUCGCCCUUGGCGCCCUUGCUUCUUCGAGUUCCAGGGACACACCAUCCCGGGAUGUCCAUUCUGAUGACGAGCGGGAUACUCCCAAGAAGUCUCGCAAGCAGCUGAAUGAGGAUGACUACUAUGACGACGAUCGAUCUCGCAUUUCUUCAUCUGCGAAGCCUUCCCACCAUGGGCAUUCAUCUCGGGAUGUUCAGCCAGAUGAUGAGUUUGACGAAUCCAAGCACUCAAGAAAGCACAAGAAGGACCGCGAGUCUCGUGACGACAAGUACCGGGACUAUGCGAACUUGGACCCUGUCGAUCGACGGUCAUCAAGAAGAGACGGAUCGAGAGACCGUUCAAGAGAUCGUUCAAGACACCACUCGCGAGAACGCUCAAGGCAUCGCUCUAGAGACCGAUCAAGAGAUCACCGAUCAAGAGACCAUAGAUCGAGGGACAGAACAAGGGACAAGUCAAGAGAUCGUUCUCGUCACAGAAGAUCUGAUGACGAGGAGGAGAGACCCAAGAGUUCCAAGCGCCAUCCUUAUGGAUAUGACUCGCCGAGUCGCUCACUCGCGGCUUCUGAAAUCUCCCUUGGUAGCACCAGCAGCAGGAGAAGCAAGAAGUCUAAACGCAGAACUGGAAACGAGGACGACUUCGAUGAUAGCAAAGACAGUCCAUCAGACCGCAAGCGUGACCUCUUCGACGACAGAGACGUCAGUUCUGUCGUUUCUGAAUCGCGUGGACACCGAAGAAAGUCUUCUCGGUACGAUGACGACGAUGCAAAGUCAGUCGCCUCUAGUCCUGGCUCAUCCCGUCGGGACAAGGAGCACAAAGAACGUAGAACGCCAGAGAAGCGAGCAAGCAACAGCGUUCUUUCCAGUCUUUUCAAAACACGCAAAGACAAAAAGGAUUCUUUUUUAGGUAAUGCCGACACCCUUGGCGCGGGUGUCGGCUUAGCGAGUGCAGCGACCAUCAUUGCGUCCGAUGCUACUCGCUCCAACGCCGCCGAUGCCUCUUCGAACCAGUACCAUUCUGUUUCUCGUGAUGGGCACCGCCGAGCGCGAAGCUACGAACUGGUUGACCCUGAGGUUGUGUCCCGUGUCAUCAAACCAGCCAUUGACCCUCAAUACGGCGACCUUCUUCCCCUACCUCCUAGCGAACCUUCCAGCCCUAUUUCUGAUCCCGAGGACUUGCCUCCCCUCCCAGACAGUCGACCUGAUACCCCUCCUCAAGAGCGCACCAUGCGAAGGGAUAUGUGGUCUCACCAGCGUCGUCGCAGUGCUUUCGAUACACCAAUCAAGUCACCCAGCCGAACUGCUGUUCCUAUCGCGCUUCGUCUGGGCAAUAGGUCAAACCCUGGCUCUCCUGUGAGCUUCAAGGUCUCUCCAGGUGGCUCCCCUAUCGCUUCUCACUCAGAUGCCGUAGUCAUGUCAAGACGAGCUGCUCGCCCAACCUCGUGGGACAGCACCCGUGAGAUCAUGCCUUUGUAUCUUCUUGAGCACUCCAGACAUCAACCCACGACUGGAUCAGUACUUCCUGCUCUUCCACCCAGUGAACCCAGUGAGACCUCUGCGAAGAACUCACCAGAGUCGGAGUUCCUCAAACAUAACGACGAUUAUUUCGGCGAUGAACUUAACUUCAUCGGACCUGAUCUUCGUGUUGAUACUCAGCUCUCUCAACAACAUGAAAAGGACUCUGACGCUGGAUCCGAGGAGACCACCCCUCGUGCAGAGUUCAUGCCUGUACUUCCAGUCCCAGAACAUUCUCAAGCUGCCGAUGAGAUCACGGAGGAGCUUGACACUUCUCUCCCUCUGCCUGUCGAGUCUACCAGCAAAGUUAUGGACCGUGAUUUGUAUUCUCCUACUCCCUCACCGGUUGACGUUGCUGCCAUGGCUAUUCCCGCUGCUCUGGCUGCCGCCGCUGUUAUCCGAGGCAAGGAACGUGCCGAUUCCCCCACAGAGAGAGCAGACGACCUCGAGUCCGCUGAUGAGCAUUUCUCCGACGCUUUCGAGGGCCACUCGGAGCCGAGCUCACCUGGCGCAUAUGUCUUCCGGGCCCUUGCGUCUAGCUUUGAUGACAGACCUUCCCCACGAGUUCAGUAUGGUUACGAGCCUAUAACCUAUCCUGUGGCCAUUCCCGUUCAGGAGCCUGUCGUUGAAGAAGCCGUCGCCCGAGAGCCCGCCGCCAAAGGACUUGUUGCUGAAGAGCCUAUUGCUGAGAGGUCUUUUGUUCAAGAACCCCCGAUUAACUCUGUAACCGAGCUGCUUGGUCUCCCCGCCAAGGAGCCUGCUGUUAAUGGGCCCAUCAUCGAGGAGCCUAUUGCUGAGCAGGCUAUUGCGAAGGAGUUCACAAACGACCCUGUUACUGAAAGGGCUCUUGUUGAAGAGCAACCGAUUGACUCCGUAACCGAGCUUCUUGGUCUUCCUACCUCAAAGGCCACAACUGAGGAACCUAUCGUACAGGAGCCUACUUACUACCCGGCUACUGAGCUUGCUACUGAGCUUGCUACUGAGCUUGCUACUGAGCCUAUUGUUACUCCUGCUGAGGAGCCUGUUGUCGAGGAGCCUGCUGCUGAGAGGUCUUUCGCCGAGGAGACCCCAAUUGACUCAGUAACCGAGCUCCUUGGCCUUCCUACCUCAAAGGCCACAAAUGAGGAACCUAUCGUACAGGAGCCUACAUACUACCCGGCUACCGAGCCUGUCAGUGAGCCCGUUGACCAUCCUGCCAAGGAGGCUAUUGCCAAAGAGCCCCUUGUCGAGGAGCCCCUUGUCGAGGAGCCUGCUGUUGAGAGGUCCUUUGUCGGGGAGCCUCCAAUUGACUCGGUAACUGAGCUUCUUGGUCUUCCUACCUCAACGGUUAAAACUGAGGAGCCCAUCGUGCAGGAACCUACAUAUUACCCAGCUACUGAACCUGUUGCUGAGCCUGUUGCUGAGCCUGUCGCUGAGCCUGUCGCUGAGCCUGUCACCGAGUCCAUUGCCACCGAGUCCAUUGCCACCGAGUCCAUUGCCACACCUGCUGAGGAGCCUGCUAUCGAGAAACGUGCUGCCGCGAAGUCUCUCGCUGAGGAGUCGCCGGUUGACUCCGUAACUGAGCUGCUUGGUCUUCCCACCGAUGAGCCUACUAUUCAGGAACCUGCCAUCGAGCAGCUCACCAUAGAGGAGCCUAUGGUUGAUGAGCCUACUACUAAGGAAUCUCCUGUCGAAGAGCCUUCUGUUGAAUCGGUGACUGAACUUCUUGGUCUUCCAAUCGAGUCGCCCACUGUCAAGGAGCCUGUUGUCGAGGAACCUACCGUCGAGGAAUCUACACACGAAGAGCCUUCCGCUAGAUCUGUGACUGAACUUCUCGGUAUCCUCGCUCAGGAGCCCGCGAUUGAAAAUCCUGAGGUUGAGGAGCCUACUACUGAGGGACCCACUGUUGAACAACGCAUUGAUGCAUUGGAACCCACUGUUCAAUAUGGCCCCCAGCCUUUCAAUGAGUCUGUCGUGGAUAAUAAGGUUGAGGAUACGUACCCUGUCUACCACGCCCCUGGAAUUGAUUCUUUCGAGCAGCCUGCCGAGGAAUCUUCUAGAGACCUCACAGGAGGAUCGACUACCGGGGAUGUGGCAAUGCCGGCUAUUGACUCUGGUUUCCACCCAACACAAGAGUCACUUACCGAAUCCAUUACAAAUGCCACCCCUGAGAUAGUCGAGCCCGUUGGUGAGCUGGAAAAUGGAGCUUCCAGAGAGCCUGCUAGCGGCCUUCGUGAGACCAACCGGGAGCUGAACAGUGCACCUGUUUCUGAACCCAUGGUUGAAGAUGUCCCAGCAAUGGAGCCUGCUGUUGAGACCCUGCCCAAAUCUGCGACAGAGAACACCAGAGACGAUGCUCGACAGGCUGACAUCACCCUGAUUACGCCUGCUCCUGAAACUAUCGUCGAGCCUCUACUGGCAUCUGUUACUGAAGCUGCUCCUGAGCCCACUUCUGAAGUCAUCGAAGCAGCUGAAGCGAAGCCAGAAGGCCCUGUUAGCCAACGUGAGGAACAUGAAAUUACCACAGAAGAGUGGGAAAGCAUGACCGCCAAGGACAGAAAGAACAUGAAGAAGAAGCUCAAGAAGAAGGGCCUGGAACCCAUCAUCAAAGAUUCAUUUGAUGCCGCAGUCCUUCCACAGGAAUCCAGCAAGGCCAUCGAAACUGCACAAAACGAAGACGACGAAGACAUUUCCGCAAAGCAUCAACCCCCUGAAACGACGACGGUAGCCACUGGAACCGAGUCCCUUGUUGAACCAGUACCAGACCAUGCUCCUGAAUCACUUAUCGAGGACUCUUAUGUUCCCAAAACCAUCGAUGCCCAAGAACCUGUGGUUUCUCAAGAGCAGCAACCCGCAACCAUGGAGCCUAAAGAGCCUUCUGAGCUUGUAGACGAGAUUUUGCCAGCUCAUCAAGGACCAUCCACCCGACAAGAUGCAGAAGGUGUGCAAAAAGAUCCAGAAAUCACGAACACACCUGUGAUUGCUGAGCCUGAGCUUGAUCGUACACUUCCCUCUUCUGCUGAACCUCAACCCGACACAGAAAACACCUCUACAACUCCUUUGACCAUGGCUGAGGAAAUCGCUGAAGACCCCAAGGAGUCUCCGUCCAAGAGCAAGAAGAAGAAGAAAAAGAGUAAAGCUCAGCAGCAAGCCGAUGAGGAAGCAGCCAAGGCUGGACCUACAGUGACUGAAACUGAAGACCCAGCUCCAGCCCCGACCCCUGAAGCCGACAAAGAUGCCUUUGCUGCUUGGACAGAGCCAGAUGUUAUCGUCGAGACCCCAGCCGAGACUCCUGUUGAACCCGUUGAACCCAUUGCUGAAAGUGGCUUAGAUUCUGCUACAAAAUCGCUACCAGAUGCCAUAGCCGAGCCCGUUGUCGAUGCAGAUGCUUUCGAUGCCUGGGCAGAGCCUGAUGCCAUUGUUGAGGCCGUUGAUGUCCCUGAGGAAAUGCAAGACAAGCCGACUGCUGCUCCUGAGCCGGCUCCUGAGGUGCCUGUCGAGCCAACACAGGACGACGUUACCUCUCCUUCAAAGUCAAAGAAGAAGAAAAAGAAGAAGAAGAGCAACAGGGCCGAUGACGAACCAGCCAUCGACAACACAGAAAUUUCCCGCCCUGAGGAAUCUGCUCCUGUCGAAAAGACACAAGCCAAUGAAAUAUCUCCAGAUUUGACUCGAGGCCUAGUGGAAGAACGACCUUCUACGGCGCCGGAAACCAAGACUGAGUCUGCCAAGACCGUUCAACUCAACAAGACUCAAACACCCCCACCAAUUAUGCCACCAAUGAAUGCAAGCACUUGGCGGUUUGGUCGUGGAAAAUCACUGCCCCCCGUUGUGGCACCUGAGCCUGACGAUGGAGGGAUUGAUGAUUCACCUCCCAGCAGCCCUCGACCAUCUUCUUCUAAUGAAGGACGAAAUGGUAGCCCUAGCCAGAGAUACUUUCCAUCAGCCCUACGUGCUCUUCCCUCUACGGCUGGAAUUUCCGCUUUCAAGAGGAUGUGGGGAUUUCAGGAUCAGUCCAAGGCAGAGAACAAACCCCAACAAGCUAAAUCUGAUACCACACUGCCCGAUACUCCAACCCAGGCUGAUCCUGUAACCGCUGAGAAGCCGGGUGUGACUGAUGUCAAGUCUGAUGUCAAGUCUGAUGCUCCUGACACGAGCCUGAGUCGUGAUCUAGUGGCUAACGACAAGCUGGAUGCCGAAAGCGCCGAGAAGCCAGAGACUGCCGAUGUCAAGCCUGACACACCCGCUGCGGACCUGAGCCGAGAGAUAGCUGUCGACGAUGUAACUCGACCUAAAUUCGAUUCCUUUGUCUCUGAGCCACUGUUUUCUCAAGAUAGUGCUCCUCUAGAGGAGUCUCAACCGGAAGCUUCUCAAAUUGACGAGCCACAGAAUAACUCCGACAAGCUCAGCCGUGAUAUUGCUGAGGAUCAAAUCGUCACGGAAGGACAGUCUGGCGAGACAAAUCAGGAUCAUGCCACAAAAGCCCUUGAACCCGUGGUGGAACAAGCCGUCGAAGAGAGCCCACUCAAGAUAACCGAGGACGAUUCCUCGAAGUCUGCUGAGUCACAGGAUUUCCAGCCUGCUUCUGAAGAAAUAGAAAAGCCCAUCGACCUAAAGCCUGUUCAGGAUACCCAAGAAAACCUGGUUGUGGCAGCAGUAGACCUUGAAUCAACACCUGCUGAGCCAAAAAUAGAGGACGUGGCCAAACCGCACGAAGUCGAACCUGUUCAGACUGUCCGAGAAGAACCCGGCACAAUCACCAAGGACGAUGUGGUAAACCCUACUGAAGGAGCUCCGUCUGAAAACGUGGAGAUCGAUGAAGCCGGUUCCAAGAAGAAGGCCAAGAAAAACAAGAAGAAGAAGAAGAAGAGUCAAGCGAGUCAGGCCGAGUCCACUGAAGACCAGCCGAGGGACGUGACCAAGCAAGAUGAUAUUCCUCAGCAACCACAGGCCGACGAAGCGGAAUUAAUGUCCGACAAACCAACCGCCGAGGCAUCUGUUCCAAGUCCCGAGGAGCAAGCUUCGCCUGAUCAUGCAAAGGAGUUCAAGCCUGAAGAUAAGCUGCAGACCGACAGCAGCAUUGUUGAGACCGAGGCCAAAGAGCCACCUGCCAUCGAUGAUAAACCAGUAGACGAAUCCGUGAUCCGUGACCAGCCAAAGAGCGAUGCAACUAAGGAACUACCACAAAUCGACGACAAGCCCACUGAACUCGAAAUCAAGCAUCAGCCACAGACCGACGAGACCAAAAAUCAACCCAAGACUGAUGAAAAGCCGGUGGAUGAACCUGAGCCCAAGGAACACCUGCAAACCGAUGACAAGCCAGUAGAUGAGCUUGAUCUGAAGGAACAGCCACAGACCGACGAGGUCAAUGACCAGCCUAAGGUUAUGGACAAGCCAGUAAAUGAAUCUGUGCUUGAGGAUCAAUCGAAGCCCGACGAUGAGCCUGCUGAACUUGAGACCAAGGAUCAGCCCCAGCUUGAUGACAAACCAGCUGGGACCGAGAUCAAGGAUCAGACACUGGCCAGCGAGACAACAGAGAAAGCGGAGACUGAUGACAUGCCGGCAAAUGGGCCUGAGCUCAAGGAACAGCUAACAACCGACGACAAGCCACGUGAAACUGAGACUAUGGAUCAGUCACGAAAUGAUGAGAAGCUAGCUGAACCUCAAAAUGAAGAACAGCCGCAGGUCGACCCGACUCCAGACCAAUCCAAGCUUGAUGACAAGUCAAUGCUUGAACCCGAGGCCAAGGAACAGUCUCAGACCGAUAAUGAGCCAGUGAAGGAAUCCACGUCUGAAGGAUCAGCCCAAGUCUCUGAUGGUCUCACCGCCAAGUCCCCCGCAAAUGAUGCUGUUCCUGUAGAAGUUUUGGAUGCUGAGCGAAUUGCCGAGGAGGCUCGUGAGGCUGAAGAAAAGGCUGCUCGUGAAGCAGAAGAAGUCGAGGCAGCGAGUGAGACCGCCGAAAUGGAGUCCAUCCUUGAAAAGAAAUCGAAAAGGAAGGGUCGUCUCCUCAAGAAGGACCUAGCACGUCUCACAGCUCUUGAGGAGAACGCCACAAGAAGAGCAGAAGAGAGAGCCACCCGUGAAGCUGAGAAGCAGAUUGCUGAGCAAGUGGCGAAAGCAACCACCGCCGAAGCCCCUAUUCCAGGCUCCUCUGAAACAGACAACGCAUCAGAGAAGCCCGAGGAAGCUCAGGACAAAGAUGUUCCUCAAGCCAGCGAAGAGACUACUGCCGAGAGAACGUCUGAUACAAGUGCAAUCCCCUUGCUCUCCAAUGAACGUGAAACGCAGGAUGUUGGUCAAUCGACCGAAGAUCCUGUAAACUCGACACCAUUGCCAAUAGCAGAAGAAACUCAGGAAAGCCACAACACUGUCGACACAGCUCAGCCUAUAGAACAGCAAGAUGCAGCAGUUGCGGAUGAAGGUGUAGAGCCCGCUAGCAGCAAGAAGUCCAAGAAAAAGAAGAAGAGAAAAUCAGUUUCUUUCGUUGAGAAUGGAGAAGCGCAAGACACCGCGACGGACAGUGUCGAGCCAUCUGUUCUGGCGCCCGAGCCCCAGCUUCCUGACCAAUCUACUGCCAGCAUCGAAGCACCAGUUACCGAAGAAGCUUCCAAUGUUCCAACCGAUGAUCACACUGCGAAGGAUGUACCCCCCACGGAUGCCAAGCAGACCGAGGGACACCCUUUAGAUAUGCCUGAUGAGCCUGUAGCCGAGAGCACCCCUGCUGAAUCUCAGCCGGAAGAAACUGCGGACCUUGUCCUGAACGACGCUGCAUCGGAAGCACCAUCGGAAGCACCAUCUGAAGAACCGUCCGAGAAGAAGAGCAAGAAAAAGAAGAAAAAGAAGAAGAACGCCUCUCCUUUAGAUGAGCCAGAAACGCAACCGGAAGCCGACUCUCAACCUCAAGAAACCCCCGAGUCUGCGCUCAAGAAGGAUGCCCCCGAAGAUGUUAAGGACGCUACUCCACAAGACACAUAUCCUAACGCUUCAAACGCGGUUGAUUUGGGAGGUGUUGAGUCCACAGAGGUACCGCUCUCCAAGGAUGAAACGGCACUCCCUCUUCAACCGGAGACAAAUACUUCCCAUGAGCCUGUCCUGGCAGAUGAAGAACAGACACAGCCAGCUGAUGUCAACAUCCCCGUAGAAACACCACCUACACAGGAAUCAGCACCAACUGUUGAGGGCGACAAGGCCAGUAGCACAGCUCCUGAUCAACCCCCUGCCGAAGACUCUCUGAAUAUCGAGGACCCCGACUCCCCUGCGAAGUUGUCCAAGAAAGACAAGAAGAAGAAGAAGAAGGCAGAAAAGAAAAAGGCCGCCAUUGAAGGUACCCCGGAUCCCGAGUCCGACCUUGCAACCCCUUCCCAGAACGCUGAAGCUCUACCCAAGGAUGAAGCUGCCGAUUUACCAACCGAAACUUCCAAAGAUACGCGCGAUGAAACUCCUAAGCAGACCGAUACAAACGAGACUCCUGACAAAGAUUCCAACCUGGAGGGCAAACUUGCUACUCCAGCAGACGAUGCCAAGGCACCAGACACCGGUGAUUCCGGAAAACUUCCAAGCGAAGAACCAGCUGGUCCUGAAGACGAGCGGGACAACGAUUUUGAAAUCCUGCAGGACCCCGAGACCAAACAUCCAACGGAGCCGAAUCCGGAACCGGAAAAGGAGGACGCCGACGUCCCCGCCGUGGAUGAGGCUAAGAGCCAAGGACCUUCCGAGGGUAAUGAACUGGAGGAGGACAAGACCAUCACUGGUGGUCUUGAAGUCCCUGUCAAACCCGAGGCAAAGCUGGAGCCGGGAUCGGAGCUGGGAGAGGAGAAACUGGAAAACAAUGAGGAGUUUGCUGGGCUGUCGAAGAAACAGAUCAAAAAGUUGAAGAAAGCCAAAGCUCUAGCUGCCUUGGAAUCCCCACUCGAGCCAAGCCCGCCUAAGGAACCCGAACCCUCAAACGAGGAAACGCUGGAACCUACGGAUGAAGCUGGAUCAGAAGCUGGGUCGAAACUUCAGACUCAGUCCGAAUCUGCUGGGACUGAAAGCCCCGACAAGGCAGUCGAAGAGCUUGGCCCCGAGGUUGAGAAUGAAGCACCAUCAGGGAUCAAAGAGACUGUACCUAUAGAUGAACCUAACUUUGAAGCUGAAUCCAAGUCCAAGACUGAGACACAAUCUCUGGGCGGCCCCGAUACUCAACCUGCAACUGAGCCAGCUGCUGCUGAGCCUGAAGCUGAUGCCGAUGUUCCACCAUCACAACCUGAAUCUCAACAACAGAUGACCCCCGACCAGGAUAUUAUCGUUCCUGCGCCGGAGGUCAAGUCUGGAGACGAGACGCAUGCCCCUUACGAGGACUCGAUUACUAACAUAGCAGCCGACCAGGAAAUUGUGGAGGAAGACCGUGCCGAUCUGCCAAGUCAGCCACCUCAGGAUGUCCUCGAAGUCAUCCAAACUCCAGUCGUGGCCCCGGAAGCAGAUUCAGAGCAUAGCGUUACAGACAACACAAACGUCACAGAACCAGUCGUGGAGGACCCUUCGCCCCAUCCUUUAGAAGAGAAGGAGAAGAUCGCAAAACCCAGUGAAGACAGGGAAGCUCUGGAGCAAGACACAAUCUUAAACCCCAUUGCUCCUGUUAGUCCACUUGAGGUACCGGCCGAUGUUCCCGUCGAGACUCCGGAUAACGGCAUUUCUCUGGAGACCGCAGACGGUCCUGACGAGUCUUUGGCACAGCUUCCGAAACUCACUGCACAGCCUAAAACUGAGUUUGAACCUGACCAUUCUCUUCAACCGGUUUCUGAUUCUCAUGUACAUGAGACUCCUAUUUCUCUACCUGACUCUGCAGAUAUCAUUGAGAGAAAGCCUCAAGAUGCUGAGUCUUCUGGAAGUCCUCACCGUUCUUCAUCGGCCACUAUAGAACAACCCACUAAGCCCCUGGAAUCAAAUGAUGACUCUGCCGACCCAACAGAGAUCGUAGAGCCUCAGCAACAGGCUGAGGCACAUCCUGUGCUUCAACCACCCAGUGCGAGCGAAGUGUCACCCAUUCCCGAGCCCGAGGUUACUGUCCCUUCCGAGACAGUUGAGGCCUUAACACCAUCUGCUACGAACGUCGAUGAAGCGAUUGCAGGUUUAUCAGAUGUGGAGCAGAACAAACUUCACGAGGACCAGAAGAAAGAACCAAGCGAAAAUGUCGAGCAGCCUGAGGAGUCAACCCAGCCUGUUGGUGGUGAAACUUCCUUGGAUACUACAAUUAUGGACGAUGCAAUGGCUCCAGCUGACCGGUCUAUGCCUGAGUAUAAACAAGAAGCAGCCCAGGAAGCUUCUCCUUCUACCCCAAUCGUCACGGAUACCGACCAAGGCAGUGCACCUGAAGUGAUCGAUGGCACAAGAAAGGAUGAGAUGGCACAGUCGUUCAAGGACAAGACAAACGAACCCGUUUCUGAAAUAUUGCAAGAAGAGCCCUUGUCUGAAUCUGCUCAUUUUGUGGCUAUGCCUGAUAUCGAUGUCCACGCGACAAGGGAUAGCGAUGGCCAAGUUACUGAGUCACUCGAUCAGGUCGAUGAAAAGAAGAGCGUCGAAGACCCUACAGCAACGGAGGUGGAAGUCCCGGAUACAUCAAAGUCGACCAAUGACUCUGCUCUUCCUCGACUUGAUGAUAGUGAACUGAGUCAUGUUCGAGAUUCUGCUUCAUCAGUCCAGCCUUCUUCGCCGGUCCAGCCUGUUCCACCCCCCACCGUGACUGAUACUGCCGAAACGAAAGUGUCUACAACGCCCGCUCAUGAACGCGCCGAAAAUGAGUUCACGACCGAGGAAUGGCAGGACCUUUCCGCUAAGGACAGGAAAAACAUCAAAAAGAAGUUGAAAAAGAAGGAUCUCGACUUAAUCAUCAAAGACUCGUUUGAGCCAACGGCUUCUGCUAAGGAUGACUUGCCUCAAAUCGCUCCUGAACUAGUUUCUGCCACACCGCAAACCAAGCCCACAGUGAUCCAGGAGACCCCCGAAAACGACGGCUUGAUUACGGAGGAGAAAAAGGGUCUCGAGUCUCACGAUGAGCCAGAGGUGACAGCUGACCAAUCAACAAGCGUUGCGGAUUACCAGGAACGCGACCCCAACGACUCACCACUUGUGCCUGAGUCCCUCUCAAACAUUGGACGUGAAUCAGAGAGACAAGAGACACCACAUAACAAUGCUGAUCUCCCCGCCUACGACGAGACGAAGAGAGGGCAGAAAUCCAGUGAGGAUGCAGAGGGGGGAUCAAGCACUCCAGCUGAUGUUCCAACCACGACCGACGCUCACCUAGCUUCUGAAGACGAUCAACCAACAUCCCAGUCACAGAAUGAAGUCAACAUCUCACCGCCAGCGAAUGAAGGCGCCCCUCCAGAGCCGGACGUUGAUACUGUGGCUACUGAGCUGAUUGCAGAGUCGAACGCUGAACCCUUACCUGAACACAGCCCGGUUCCAGAAACAACAAGCCAGCAGCUAACAGACGAAUCAUCGCCGGCCAAGGAAUCAAAGCAUCUGUUUCUCGAGCCAGUCCCAGAAACCAGCUAUGUACCAGUGACGGAUGGUUCUGCUAUUGAUGCAACCCCCGUCCGAACUUCAGAAGAGGUUGAACCUCCAACUGAAAGGACUUUGGAACCACCAGUCGAGGCUUCGCCGAAAAAGAGUAAAAAGAAAAAGAAAUCCCGAAAGUCUAGCCUCGUGGUGACAGAGGAUCCCGAGCUCAUUGGUGAGCCUACUGGCUCUGUCAAACAAGAAACUCAAAUGCCUUCUAUGGAGCACGCACCAGAACAUAGAAUGAAGAAUGAAUCUGAGGACAAAGAUGAUAUAGUAAUGCCCCCUGCACCGACGGCUGAGUUGCAGCCAUCAACAGAACCUCUCUCAACCGAUACGGCUGAACAGCCGGCUCCUAGCACCCCACUCCAGGAGUCCCUGCAACAAGGGGCGGACGUUGAUUUGACUGGAAUGGAAAACACAAACAGCUCAGCUAGAACUGCUGCCUCAAACAACGAAGCAAAGGUCGAGCAAGAAUCUGCCCCUGUGGUGGAAGAAGCCAGAGAUGUUACGCUUGUCGAAAUGCCGCCAACUUUGGAGGACGUAGAGUCAGCUGAACCAGCACAACCUCAACAGGAACUGAUAGCUGAAGCCGAAGGACCAUCACCAGGCAUGGCUGAUGCAGCCUGGCAGACAAAUGAUGAAUCUAUUCUUGCCGGACAAGCUGAAGCAGACAAAGAAAUAUCUAUCGACGUCGAGCCAAACUCCAAGGACACCAAGGCUGUUAUAGAGAAUGAAAAGGAAGAGAAGGUCGAGCUUAACGACAACAGCAAGGAGCAUGCAGAGUCGGAAUCUGUCCCAGUACCUGCAGAGCUCCCAGAAGAGCAAAGAUCUCGUGCCAACACAGUGGUUGAGGCUAUUGAUCAGCAAACAGUAGCGGAACCAGCGGCAACUGAUCAACCUGGCGUUAAUGCAAGCUUCUCGCCGGAACGCCAGCCCGCGGAUCUUCUGCCGACUCCUAUAUCGCACGAGGAUGAUAUACAGGAACCAGCUAGGCAGGAACCUGAAAAACAGGAGGACCCCGUCAAGUCUAUCGAUGUUAUCGGAGUCCCCGCCGAACCAAGCCAACCAGAUACAGCAGCUCAAGUGAAGGACACGGCUAGCCUGCCCCUCUCCACGAAAGACAAGAAAAAGAAGAAGAGGAAAAGCAAAGCCGCUGAUUCUCUACCAGCCGAACCCACGGAACCUGCUGAGCUAACCAGCCAACCUUACCCCGAGCCGUCUCGAACCCACGACGACAAAGUGACUAUAAGUCCAGAUGCUGCAACGGCUGAGAACUCAACUCAGUUGGCCGCGCCAAGCAUUGCUGAUGCGCCUGAACCUUCAAUAGAAAUCGGCCAAACACGAAACUCAGUUCCAGAAGUAAAGCAGGAGGAUGUUCAAGACAACAAGGGCCCUUUUUUGGACAACUCAGUGGCCGACAGGGAAGACAACACCAUAGAGGAGAUUCCUCUAUCCCGUGAUGUAACCCUCGCCGAAGGGGCCACCACCGAUAUGCCACCAAGUGAUCCCCUUGCCGCCUCUGAAACUUUCCCUAGUGUGAGAAACGAGUCUCCAUCAGUGGUGAAGGCAGAAGUGAAAACGACCGAUAAUCCAUCACCACCUCAGUCGUCUGAGCCUUCACUUCAAAUUGAGGAAGCCUCUCCUGCCCCUGUGAAAUCUUCCAAGAAGGACAAGAAAAACAAAAAGAAGAAGCAGAAGCAUGUAGAUGAUGACGCCGAUGCAUCAAGAGAUUCACAAGAUGGUGCAUUUUCUGUCCUACCUCAAGUUAACCAGCCUGUUAAGGGUGACUCUCCCGUCAAACAGCCCAUCCAGCUGACGGAACCAGUCCCUGAGACUUCAGAACCGGAUAAGUCUGCCCCUACGGUAGGAGAAGCCGGAACUUCGGUGCAUGCCGUGUUCGAGCCCAUUGAAGAGGCCAAUCCUCCAGUUCUCGCCGAGGAGCCUAAGCCACUUGGAAAGGAGCCGGAUGUAAUCGAUAGAGAGGCUUUGGAUCAAACCAAGGACACUCUGCUGUCGGAAUCUGAAACACUUGGCGAGCCGCUUGCCGCCGACCAAACUAGAGAGCUCGUGCAAGAAACUCAAGCAGGUCAAGGCCCUCCCGAACAGGUGGACAGUGGCUUUGAAAUCCGACAACCAGACAUCCUGACUCCCGAACCACAGUCUGCGAAAGAAAGGGAGAUUAGUGACAUGGCAGACACGGUAUCGCCUGUGCCACUGGCUGAUAAGGAAGAUCACCAAUUCGGCGGUACCCAAGAAGUCAUUAGCAAGAAUGACCAGCCUGAACCCUCGACAAGGACCGUACGAGAUUUUGCGCCUCCAGCUGACAGCAGCGCUACAAUGGACACCGACGUCCCAACUUCCUACAAGGACGUCUCUCCGGUGACCGAAGUCCCUAGAAAGGCUAGUAUUGGGGAACCUACCACUACAAACGCACCUAGACAUCCUGCUUCUGCCGACGACCACGCCACCGAGGUGCCAACGCCUUCGCAAGCUGCCUUCCCAGCGGUUGGGGUCCUCGAUAGCGUUACAGGUCAACAUACCGCCGGCCCGAAGACGACGUCCCAAGAAACUCCUACACCUGGCUCUCAACCAUCUACCGGACAAACAACAACGCCUGCUGAUGACAUAUUAGCUGCCAAGAUCGCAAAGAGAGAAAGGAAGUUGGCACGAAAGCUAGCGAAGGAGAGAGCCGCCGCAGAAAAAGAAGCCCAAGAGAAGUACACGGUGUCCGGUGGACAAGAGCCUGUGCUCCCGCCAGACAAUAAAUCGGCACAGUCUGCAGAGCCGGACAAACCAGUCUCGCAAAUACAAGUUGCUGUUCAGAUAGCACCGACAACAGCUGUCACAGAAGCGCCUACGGAGGCCACAAAAGAUGACCAUGCCCGAGAACUUGCUACCACAGAACCAAAAAAGAGCAAGAAAUCCAAACGGAAGUCCGAAACAUCCAUCCCUGAGCCUGCCAACGAACCUGAUGUCCAGCCUGCGGUAAAGUCCAGGCAGUCAGAACCAACUUCCUCUAAGAGCACAGAUCCUGAUCUCAGUCGAUCACAACCAACACCUGUGCCAAUGGAGACACCCAUCAAGUCUGAAGGACAAAACUACACCGGAACCGAACCUGACGCUACAGCUACUGACAAACUCUCUGAUGACACAUCUGUACCCAAAGCGAGACCUGCCCCCCCUGCGCGAGAAGGAAAGGAACGACGACUUCCAGAAGGUGUGAUCAAUUCCCCGAGUAGCAAGGAAGAGACAAAAGCUGCACCAGCUUCGAGUAAACCCAGCAAAUCGAUCUUUGCUGGACUUACUGCUGCUACUGCCGCUUGGGGCAGCGCGCUUUUCGGCGACAAGAAGGAUGUGCCAGAAACCGACGACAAGAAGCAAGAUGAAGGAAAGAAACCGGAAGGAAAAGGUCAUCUUCGUGAAGGACGUGGAGGACAUGAUGGGAAAACUCAAACCGGUGAGCAAAAUGCAACCACGAUAAGCUCGCAUGGCAUCAAACCAACAGUUAAGGAUACUGGUAAAGACAGCCCCAAAGAAAGUUCGACACCCCGAGAAACUAAGGAGGUCAAACCCAAAGGUCUGAACGAUGAUCUUCCGACGGACAGCAAUGAUCACAAGGACAAAGGAAAAGGCGUUGCUAGCGAUUUAAAAGAGGAGGCAAAGAUGACGGAGAAGAAAAAAACGUCAAAGAAAGAGAAAGCUGUCGCACCGCUGGCAGAUGACACUAUCUUCGACGUACCACAAAAGAGCAAGGAUGUUGAAAAAAAAGACAAGAAACCCGAAGCAGCUACUGCGGUCAGAGAAACUCCAGUCAAGGUUGACAGAGUGCGCAAGGAAAUGUCACGAGUGCCACAGCAGGAGACAUUAGACGAAGUAGAGAGUCCUAUCCUCGGUCGCGGAGAUCUAGAUCUAGAGCUAUCACGAGGAUCUCCUAGGCCUCUACUACGCCGUGACUCUGCCGUCGAGGAGCCCAGGGGUGGCCUUCUACGAGAGGACAGCAAGACAUUUACACCACUGAUGGGGACUGAAUCCGACAUCAGCGACCUACGAAGAUCUCCAAGCAGACUUCUAGAGCCAGUCCCCGAGGUUCCUGAGGCGGAAGCUGAGCCGACCAGAGCUGCAACCUCAGCACCGAAGCGCACACGCGACAGUGACCCUGUUGGUGACGCAUCAAGCUUUCAGAGACGAAGCAGGCGUAUGAGUGAAGAGGCGAAGCGUGAUAGCGGGCUUGGAAGAGAGACACCUACGUCGAGACGAAGCAAGCGCUCCAGUCCGGAAAGAUCUCGCGAUAGUGGAGUGCACACUGAUGACUGGGUCGAGCCAGAACGUCGCCCUCAAUCGGCCAUUGACCGCUCAGCAUUGUAUAGCCCUGAGCCACCAAGCGAGAGAAAACUCCGCCGAUCUCCUCGAGGUACGCCAGUUCUGCGAGAGCCGACAGCUCCAGAAACGGCGCCGGAGCCGGAAAAAAAGAAACAAUAUGGAGCCCUUACUCCAGCCGGAGCGGCAGCUACCGCCGUUACAGUGGGUGCGGGUGCGGGUUUAGCGGCUGCGCUACGAGCCGGGGGACCUGGACCUGAACCUUUUCCUUCGCCUCUAACUUCACCGACACCAAUAACGCCAACUCCACGCCCACGCUCAAACCCAAACUCCAAUCCAGCUUCAACUUCAAUUUCUGGUCGAAGAAGCGCAUCCGACAAUGCAAGUCCUACUCGCCGACCAACUCCACGUCUCGACGCUGCAGGGCGUCGAACCGUCUCCAACACCAGUCUUUCCCGCCGUAGGACCCCAGAGCCGCUAAACUUCAGGCCUGAAAGUCCAGGCAUCAACCGAGCGUCAGGCACCCCCACACCGCCGCUUCGCCGUGUUGACAGGCGAAUGAGUAGCGAUUUGCGGGCAAUACGUCAACAAAACACCACCGCUGCACCCGCAAACUCCACGCCCGUUGCAAAUGAGGGUCGUGCCCGUGCCAAGGAUAUGGCCGACGUCUACGAUGGCUUCGGCGAAGGUCGCAUCGGCUCACCCCGAUCACCCACCCGGCCGCACAGCAUGCGUCGCCGGCAGAGCAUGCAGGUCCUUGAACUCGAGAACAGGGUUGAGUUGUUGAUGGCCGAGAAUCGCAUGCUUGCAGAGGCUCGCGCUAUGACAGAGUCAAACCUAAGUCAACGUGCCGCCAACAGCCUGUCCGAACGCGAUUCCGAGAUCGACAAACUUAGACAAUCCUUGCAGUUUCUCCAGCAUGAGGUUUCGCGGCUUACCGAAGUUAACGACGGCCUCACAAGCGCCAAUGCCGAGCUCGCCAACAAGGAUAGCGGCCGCGUAGCCGAUCUCGAGAGCCGCCACGCGGAAGUUGCGCGUGAGCUUGAGGAGACUCGACGCGCCAAGGGUAGCUCGGAACAAACCCUAGAAGCAAAAGAUGCAGAGAUUGCCGAACUUCGCGCCGAACUCGACUCCGCCAAAGAAACGAUUCGCGAUUUACAACGCCAGAUUCUCGAGUCCAAGGCCAACGACGACCAUUUCCUCAACAUUCGCGAUGAGGACCACUUUGAUCAUCGUUGCCAACAACUAUGCUCCCAUGUUCAGCAAUGGGUGCUUAGGUUCUCCAAGUUCUCGGAUAUGCGCGCUUGCAGACUAACAAGCGAGAUUAAUGAUGAGAAAACAAUUGACCGACUCGACAAUGCCGUCCUCGAUGGCUCCGAUGUCGACGUUUACCUUCGGGACCGCGUAAAGCGACGAGACAUCUUCAUGUCAAUGACCAUGAACAUGGUCUGGGAAUUUGUCUUUACCCGCUAUCUAUUUGGCAUGGAUAGAGAGCAGAGACAGAAGCUCAAGUCGCUAGAAAAAUUGCUGACCGAGGUCGGCCCUCCCGAGGCUGUGCGCCAAUGGCGCGCAGUCACUUUAACCCUGCUGGCGAAGCGAGAUAGCUUUAAACGCCAGCGCGAUCUGGAUACAGAGGCUGUUGUACAGGCCAUCUUCCAGACGCUAUGCAAGAUCCUUCCCCCGCCGUCAAAUCUGGAGGAUCAGAUUCAAUCUCAGCUACGACGCGUCAUGAGAGAGGCCGUUGGUCUCUCGAUUGAGAUGCGUACGCAAAAAGCUGAAUACAUGAUGCUGCCACCUCUGCGACCCGAGUACGACGCAGACGGUGAGCUUACCGCCACAGUCCAGUUCAACGCUUCGAUGAUGAACGAGCGAAGUGGCAGCAUCACCACGUCGAACGAAGACCUAGAGGCUCAAGGUGCCAUCGUCAGAAUCGUUCUCUUCCCACUCGUCGUGAAGAAGGGAGAUGACAAUGGCAAGGGCGAUGAGGAAAUCGUGGUAUGCCCUGCUCAGGUUCUCGUUCCUCGUUCCAAGCACCUCUUCGGUGGUGCAAGUGAUGGAGGAGGCACUUCUAUCGGUGCCCGCAGUCACAUCAGUGUCGUGACCGAAACAUUGGGCCAAACCGAGGUAGAUUAUUUAGAUGGGGGAUCAUAG